GAAAGUCAGAAAAAGGAGCUUGUGGCUAAUUUGCAAAUGGAGGCUUAACGGAACACCGUGGACGAUCGAGCGCGGCGAUUGUCGGAGCAGCGGAAGAAGAGAAGUGCGAAGCCAGCUCCAAAAGCUUUUCCAGCUUCUAGCCUCAGCUCCAAUGGCGACGCUUAGCAGCUUCCCUCCUCACAACCUCUCUCUCCUCACUAAAUCCCAUCAUCGCCGCCUUCCCCAGCCUUCCCUUCUCAAUCCCAUCCCCGCGCGCUCAAAAACCCGGCCCUCGACGCAUUCAUUCUUCCCUACCAAACCAGCGGGGAACUGGGUCGUCGGGUCGGUCACCGAGGACCGGAAAGCGGCUGAUGUUCCCGUGGUGAGCAAGGAUUUGACGGUGGACGACGAUUCUUUGGAAUCUGCGGAGCCGAGGGCGUUCGAUGUUGAGGCGAGAGGCGAAAGCGGUUAUCUUGAGAGGUUGGUCAGCAGAGGGACCAACGCUGCCCUCGUUCUGGGUUUCGGGACUCUUGCUGUCACCAAGCUUCUCACCGUGGAUCAUGAUUACUGGCACGGAUGGACCCUUUAUGAAGUUCUGAGAUAUGUGCCGGAACACAAUUGGAUUGCUUACGAGCAAGCUCUCAAAGCAAAUCCAGUCUUAGCGAAAAUGGCAAUAAGUGGAGUGGUCUACUCUCUAGGAGAUUGGAUUGCCCAGUGCUAUGAAGGAAAGCCUCUGUUCGAGUUUGACCCAUUGCGCAUGUUCAGAUCAGGUCUUGUUGGAUUCACACUCCAUGGUUCACUUUCUCAUUAUUAUUACCAGUUUUGCGAGGCUCUUUUUCCUUUCGAAGAUUGGUGGGUGGUCCCUGCAAAAGUCGCGUUUGAUCAAACAGUCUGGGCAGCAGUUUGGAAUAGCGUCUAUUUUGUGAUGUUGGGCCUUCUGCGACUGGAAUCCCCUGCUAAUAUUCUCAAUGAGCUGAAGGCAACAUUUUGGCCAAUGCUAACAGCAGGAUGGAAGCUCUGGCCAUUUGCUCACUUAAUUACCUAUGGCGUGAUUCCCAUUGAGCAAAGACUUCUUUGGGUGGAUUGUGUAGAGCUUAUUUGGGUCACCAUUCUCUCCAAUUACUCAAAUGAGAAAUCAGAAGCAAGAAUAUCUGAGACAUCAGAGUCAAAUUCUGGUUCUUCAUGAAGCGGUUAAUUUAAGUUUAUACAUGGUUGACUUAUGUGCUUGGGACUUGGGCGACCUUUCUCGGGAAUAAAUUGGAAGUAGACAGGUGAAACUCAAGAACCUCAUAACCCAUUUGAACAUUCUUCAGAAAAUGAAUCGAGGACGAAGUUAAAUCCAAGAGCUUCUGCAUAUGAUGGUAUUGUAUCUUGGCUUACCUACAUACUUCGUAAGCAAUGUACAUCAACUAUACCAUGUGCAUAUAUGCUUCAAGAUGUACACUAAAGGCGUAGAGAGUUUUCAACUUGUUGGCUGGGUGUAGAAAUCUAUGGAAAUACGUGACAGAGCAGCCCGUAAUCAAUGUGAUUCCAAUAAUGAGCGAUUACUCUACUUUUGGCCUUUAUAUCUUUUAUAUAAGUUCAUCGGCAGUGGUUCCAUCAUGUAUUAUCUGCCACAUUCAUCACAUUGAUUUAGUUCGGCUACUGAGGUUUAUUCUCGGUGAAACAUGGAUUCUAGAAUGUUGUGUCCUGAAAUCUGAUGAGGAGUUGAUUGACCCCUGCAUCAUACCGCUGUAUAUAUGGAGCUCUGGCGAUAUAAACAGAGGCUUUUUGUUCAUGGACUCCAUUUUCCAAA